AUGAUCCCAAAACGAGACUUUCCGAUUUCCAAAGAGCUCGAAGUUUAUGCUCUAGCAGUUGUGAACUUCGUCUGUUGCCAUUCUUAUGCACAAACUACUACUGAUGAUUGCGAAUAUAUCAGAAUUAGAUCACCAACCAUUCCACCAAAAUGGAUGGGUGAUUCUCCCCAUGCGGACAAAGUCUCGAUCACAAACUUUAAUCAAUCUAAAGGAUACAAAACGGGGAUAGCUGAGGGUGCACGCCUUUGUCAGCACAGAGAUUCAUCAAGAAUGCUCGACACAAACGGAUUCCCACCGCGGCCUUCGAUUCUCAGCAGUCCUGGUAGCGAAAGUACUUGGACUGUAGCCAGUUGGAAUUCAGCCAAUUGGAAACCAGAAACUACACUCUAUUCUUCGCGACAGUCGGUCACAUCCUCUGUCGCAUCAUCCUCGGCGGAUAGCAGCAUCUUUGGUCAUCCUGUAUACUCUUUGCAGACCUUCAGUUAUGAAGAAUAA